UGGACAUUGUCGACUUCUGAAUACACAAAAAAGCCGAAACAGCACAAUCUCAGCAAUCUCCAUCAUGGCCGCUAUUGCAAACGCAUCCCGUCGCCUCUUCUCGUCGCUCGCCGCAAACUCGCGCGCCCUUUCAUCCGUCUCUGCGGCUGCUCCGGCUGCUGCCGCUGCCAUUCAGACCCCCGCGUCCUAUGCGAACAAAAUCCUGGGCAUGAACGAGGUCAACCAAUACAACCGCGACGGCUUCCUCGUGGUGCCAAACCUCUUUACCCCCAUUGAAAAGAAGAAGAUCUUUGAGUGGACCGACCAGAUCUCGGCGCUGCCCGAGACCAAGGGCAAGUGGAUGCAGUACUUUGAGAACAAGAACGGCCAGCGUCUGCUCUGCCGCACCGAAAACUUUUUGGACUACUUCCCCGAGCUCGACCAGCUCAUUCGUGGCAAGAUCACCGACGCCGUGUCCGACCUGCUGCAAGAGCCCGCCCUCUUGUACAAGGAGAAGAUCAACUUCAAGCUCCCCCACUCGUCCGGCUUUGAGCCGCACCAGGACGCUCCUGCCUACACGACCUUCAAGCAGCGCCUGCACCUGACUGCCAUGAUUGCUGCCGACAAGGCUGUGAUUGAGAACGGCUGCCUCGAGGUUGUUCGCGGCGAACACACCAAGGGCAUGCUUCCUCACCCCGGCGGUAUCAUGGAGGAGUGGCUCGUCAAGAAGUGGGAGCAGGAAAAGAAGUGGGAGCCCGUUCAAGUUGAGGCUGGCACCAUUCUCUUCUUUGGCUCGUUCUUGCCCCAUCGCUCGGGACCCAACGUGUCCGAUCGCUCGCGCCGCGCCUACUACCUGACAUACAACGCUCUCUCUGACGGCGACUUCCGCUCCGCCUACUAUGCCGACAAGCGCAUCCAAUUCCCACCACAAAUCGAGCGCGUUGCCGGUGUUGACUAUUCUGCCGGCGCCAGCGUUUACAACGUGGCCAACCCCAUCGACACCAAGGCAUAAAGCCAAUUGCUGCCGCUGCUGCUGCUGCUGGGGGUGGUGCUCGGUCGGCGCUCGUAACUAUUGAUAUUGUCGUGCAAAAAGAACCGUUGUUGGCUUUGGUGUUGUUUUGUGUUACUUUUGUUGCUUUGGUUUUGCUCAUUGUUUAAAUUUAUCGAUUUUUAUACUGCA